UUUCCGAUUUACUUGUACAUGCAUGGUUUGACUUCCAUUUGACUUGUAUAGAUUGUUAGCUUAUUAAUAGUGUACUAAUGUGCUUUAGUUUGUUUGAUACAGGUUCAAUGGCUCCGGAUAGAGAUGCUCCACCUGAAAACUCACAAGAAAACUCACAAGAAAGAGAUGCUCAAGAAAGAGAUGCCACGGAUACAAAUGCUCCACCUGAUACUGAAGCAAAAGAAGUUGCACGAGGCAUCACCAUUAUGAAGGGAAUCAUUCGACAUAGAGACCAAGGAUUAGUAUACCAUAUGGAUUGGAAUUCUGAUAAACAAGCAAUUGGUCCUAAUUCUGCAAAGUUGACAAGCUAUAUUGGUACACUUGUUCGUAUGCAUAUUCCGGUCUCCAUAGCUAAAUGGAAUCUGAAAAGCGAAGAGUUGGAUGCGAAAAAAAAAGCGAUUUGGGACGAGCUUCAGAGGACUUUUGAGAUACCAGAUGAUCGUAGACGCUACAUACUUAGUUUGGCCGGCAAAAGAUAUAGAGGGUGGAAAGCUUUUUUGACAAACACCUAUCUUAAGGAUAAAGAUGGAAACUUUCUUGAAGAGGCACCGGGACGGCAAAAAAAGUAUGAGAUCUUCAUUGAUGAAAAAGAUUGGGCUGAGUUUGUAAAGCAAAGAGAUGAAGAUUUUCGAAAAAGGAGUGCCACGAAUAGUGCGAGAGCAUCCAAACCCGCGUAUCCAUACAAAAAAGGGCGUUUGGGAUAUGCACGCUUAGAGGAUAAAAUUGUAAGUAAAUAGAAAUACGUUUUAAUUAAUUGUCUAAAUGUGCAUGUUUUAUUUGACGAUUUUAUCAUUUGUGUCAAUGCAUAGUUAGAGGAGACUAAAAGUGAGGAAACUUCACUUCCUGUACAUGUGUUGUGGAAGGAAGCUCGUGUGGGCAAGAAUCAAGCUGUC